ACAAAAAGCUAGCAGAGUAGCGGCCACGUUUUACCCUCUCACCAUCCUCCUCCCCUCCCUACAAAAGGAGACAACGUCCGUCCCUGGCCAUCACCAGUUCACCGCUCCACUCCACUACCGCCGCCACCCCUUCAACACAACCUCCGCCCCCGGCCGUAGGGGAGGGAGGGCCGGAGGAAGCGACCGAGCAACCCACCGCCGGAGAUGCAGAUCUUCGUGAAGACGCUGACGGGGAAGACCAUCACGCUGGAGGUCGAGAGUAGCGACACCGUCGCCAACGACAAGGCGAAGAUACAGGACAAGGAAGGCAUCCCGCCGGACCAGCAGCGGCUCAUUUUCGCCGGGAAGCAGCUAGAGGACGACCGCACCCUGGCCGACUACAGCAUCCAGAAGGACUCCACGCUGCACCUGGUGCUCCGGCUCCGCGGCGGCGGCAGGGGUGGCUACCCCCUCAUGAGCGUCCCGUGGGACCUCAUCAACCUUGCCCGCAAGCAUAAUGAGGACAAGAUGAUCUGCCGCAAGUGCUAUGCGCGCCUUCCUCCCAGGUCCAAAAACUGCCGCAAGAAGAAGUGCGGCCACAGCAACGAGCUGAGGUCAAAGAAGAAGCUCAUCUCCAAGUUUAGCAUGUGAACUUUGCAAAGCGACAUUCUGGAGUGCCAUCCGAAAGCGUCAUGCAUCAGUUGAAUCACCCUACCUAAACAUUAGUUGUCCUAGUUUAAGUUUCUAUCUGUGUGUUGAACCUUAAAUACUAUCUUUCAAAUACUCCAUGCCGUGUUCAGCACGUGCAGUGCCAUGCCUAAGAAAUGCUAGUGGAAGUUCUUUUGGCUGGAUGUUGAAAUCCUUGUCACUCUUCCUGAAUGCUUUAUUCGGUUUUGAAGAAGAGAAGGAUGAGAAGUAGCUGGAUAAUUGCAUUUUAUCAAA